CUUUGCUGGGCGCGCCAAAUUCUCUCUCCCUCUGUAUACUACAUUGAAGAAGCACAGAGAACACAGGGACAUGAUGGAUCGUUACAAUGACCUCAAAAUCUUGUUGAAGAAAUGGGAGUCAUCUUUUGUUCAGGAGCAUAAACGGAAGCCCAAUAAGGAAGACAUAGACAGCGCUUCACAAGAGAUAAAAGAGUUGUACAGAGAAUACAGAGCACUCAAAAUGACAAGAGAAAAUGCAGAAAAUGAAAAAAUGACAGCAUCCAAUAGUGGAAUAUCCAAGCAAGAUGAUGUGAUAGCUGACUCUGGUUGUUGGGGCUCCCAUCUUAACCGAGUCAAUACGCCAUCAACAAAGUUAACUUCCAAAGAGAGGGACUCGCUUAAAGUUUCAUCUCUGUAUUAUGGAAUGAAGUUGAAAUUAAACAUGGGCACAUUAACUAAGGAUAGACCAACAUCUCUGAAAAAGUCAUUUACUCCAAAGAGAACCUUAAAGAAAUCACCAGAAAUGAGCACAAAUACAGCUACUGUGGAAAGUCCACCAUUGUGUGUGCCAAACCCAAGUAUUUGUACCGCUCCUCUAAGUUGUUCUAGAGUUCCAUCCUUGAGUACUGAGGAAGAAGAUCAACCAUUGCAAGGUUUAAAUGUGGCUAAGAUCAUCUCACCUCUUACUUGUUCAAAGAAGGAGGAAAAAGCCCAGCGGUUACACAAUUCAAUGAUAAAAAGGCUGUCUUCAUUAGAUUCAGGUUGGCUGGAGCGUUGUCAGGUGUUUGCUAAAGUGGAGCAGGAGGAUGAGAUGCCAAUUGGAAACAUGGCAAAUGGAAACUUAAAUGCAGAAUAUAGUAAAAAGAGCAACCUUUCUAACCAUUUAGUAAUGUCUUCUAAGGAAGAUGCAGUAGAUCAAGUUCCUGAAAUACCGAAAGAACAGGUAUGCUCAUUAAAUCAUACAGAAAGCAAAGAGAAAGAGGGCUCUGUUAAUGGUUUCCAAAAAACACCAAGUGAUCACAAAACUGAGAAAGUUACCAAGUCCAAAUAUGUAGAAAAUAUGCAUGAAUAUGAAUUUAAUGAGGACGAGCAUCCACUUUCUACUGACAGUAAGCAGAAUUCUGGAAAUGCAGAGUUUGAACAGGAGACCCAAGAAACACAGAAAAUUGGUAAAGAAAUACAUAGUGCAGUUGUCAGUGAAACAGAACAACCAAGAAAGGAGAUAAGAAAAAUAAACAAAAAAAGGCGAAGAGUAGAGGAAACUGUCAACUCUUUAGAACCUACAUCUGUCCCCAAGAAGAGAAAAACAACAAAAGGCAGUCCAGUUUCUACAGUGGGAGAGAAAUGCAGCAAACCAAAGGCCGAUAGGAGAUGUGGAUCCAAAGACGUCACUGAGGAAAGUAGCAUUGCAGAGAAACUGAAGCUGGACCAAACACAUUCCAUAGAGAAUAUUUUUGGAGAACUUGAGGAUGAAGCUGAGGCCAUGAAAAACAGCAAUACACAUGCAAGUAGGGGAAGAAGGCUUGGUUCCAAACCUACAGAUGGAAACUUUGUUAGAAUCAAUCUAAAAAAGAAUCUCACGUUAAAGGAUUUGCACUAAAAGGAGCUGUGCUUCGUAAACAGAUGUACAUGCAUAAGUUCCAACUGAAGGGUGAACGGUUUGGAGGUGCUGGUCGAGGAAGAGGAAGAGGUUUUGUUAGUAGUAGUGAAAUUUGCUUUAGAUGUGGUGGCACUGGGCACUGGGCUAGAGACUGCAAG